GCAGGGCGGCGGAGCGCUGCCAACUGCGUUCCUCUCCAUGGCCGGAAGUGGUUCAGGCACAGCGUGAAGGGGGGGGGGGGUGCGAGCGCGGUGGGAAAGGCUGAGGGAGGGAGCAUUUGGCUUCUUACGCUCCGUGGCGCUUCAAGCGUGAGGGCAGAUGGGGGAGGCCUCGCCUUAGGGCGGCCUGGCUGCUCUCGAGCGGCGUGAGGAGGAGCCUUCGUUUCCGGUGCAAUAUGUUCAAGAGAAUGGCUGAGUUUGGGCCUGACUCUGGAGGGAGAGUGAAGGGUGUUACUAUUGUGAAACCUAUAGUUUAUGGGAAUGUUGCACGCUAUUUUGGGAAGAAACGGGAAGAGGAUGGACACACACAUCAGUGGACAGUUUAUGUUAAACCUUAUAGAAAUGAGGAUAUGUCUGCCUACGUAAAGAAAAUUCAGUUUAAGUUGCAUGAAAGCUAUGGUAAUCCAUUAAGAGUUGUAACUAAACCACCAUAUGAAAUCACUGAAACCGGAUGGGGUGAAUUUGAAAUUAUCAUUAAAAUAUUUUUUAUUGAUCCUAAUGAGAGACCUGUGACCCUGUACCAUUUGCUGAAGUUGUUUCAGUCCGAUACUAAUGCAAUCCUGGGGAAAAAAACUGUAGUUUCUGAAUUCUAUGAUGAGAUGAUUUUCCAGGAUCCUACUGCAAUGAUGCAACAACUCCUGACUACAUCUCGUCAAUUAACACUUGGUGCUUAUAAGCAUGAAACAGAAUUUGCCAAUGUGGAAGUAAAAACUCGGGAGAAGCUAGAAGCUGCCAAAAAGAAAACCAGUUUUGAGAUUGCUGAACUUAAAGAAAGAUUAAAAGCAAGUCGUGAAACUAUAAACUGUUUGAAAAGUGAAAUCAGGAAACUUGAAGAUGAUGAUCAGUCCAAAGAGAUAUGAUACAUACAAACCUUCUAAAGAGCCGAUCAUGGAACUGAUUCAGAUUUUGUAGCAGCAACUGCAUAUAAGGGAUUUAGACAUUUCUUUGCAAGGGGAAAUCAACAUGUGCCAUUUCUUUUUAAGUAGUAUUUUCAUAAUUGAAAUUAAAGAUGUUUUAUCUCUUAUUUUAAAUCAUACAACUACCUCAGAACUGAAAAAAAUAUUCUAAAUUGCAUUUGAGGUAAAGAACCUAAGCAUUUGUAUUGUUCUUCACUGAGCCGUAUAUGAAAUCUCUCUGCGUAAUUGGUGUUCAUAUAUUUAGUAAUAUUGUUCACUUUAAGAGCUACUCAGCCAUUGACCUAGAUAGGAGGAAGUCUUUGGUGCAUAGGUAAGUAAAGUAACAGUGCCAUCCCACGCAAAGUUAUGUUCCUGACUUCAGUGGAUUUAAGAUUAGAAUGGCACUGUGAGUUUCAUGUGGGUUUCUGUUCAGCAUUUUCAGGAUCAUCUGAUAAAGUAUCUGUUGGACAAAGAAGAGUUGCUGUUGGGUUUACAUAGGAUACACCUGACAGAUUAUAAAUUUUACAGUUUUUGUGCUCUGUGUGAAUUGCAGAUACCAGCCUGUGAAUAAAAGUAUUUUGGGACAGUCUUAUUUCAUGUUGCUGUGG